AUGGCGGCCACCAUGGAGACAACAGCCGGCAUGAGCAAUAUGCUGCAAUUCAUGAAACUUAUCGGACAGCUCAAAAGGGUCCCACGGACUGGAUGGGUGUACAGGAACGUACAGAAACCAGAGAGUAUAUCGGACCACAUGUACCGCAUGGCCAUGAUGUCUCUGACCAUCACAGACCCCACAGUGGACAAGGACAGAUGCAUAAAGCUGGCUCUGGUUCAUGACAUGGCAGAGUGCAUUGUGGGAGAUAUCGCUCCAAUGGACAACAUCAGUAAAGCUGAGAAACACAGGCGAGAAGAGGAAGCGAUGAGACAGCUAUCAGCUCUUCUGCCGGAGGGACUCAAACAGGAGAUGUACGGUCUCUGGGAGGAAUAUGAAACUCAGAUCAGUCAGGAGGCUAGGUUGGUGAAAGAGUUUGACCUCCUGGAGAUGAUCCUGCAGUCUCACGAGUAUGAGGAGCUGGAGGGAACGCCGGGAAGACUGCAGGAGUUCUUUGACUCCACCAACGGCCGUUUCCACCACCCAGACGUGCUCCAGCUCCUCAGCGCUCUGAAUGAAGAGAGAGGAAGUCACAUGACUAAAACGGAUGAAACAAAGAAAUCUGACAGCUCGAACACGGCCGGCGCCUCAUCUUCACAGACUCGUACGACGCCGCACACCUCGUGACUGUAACGCAAGAGUAGAGGCAAUAACACAGACUGCGUGUACGAGGAUGCACAAACACGUCACGGGAUCGGUGGAAAAACAGUUUUGGGAGUUUCAGCUGUCUUCUACAUAUGGGUUGAAUGUAUUAAAACGUAUAUCAAUGCCCAGAUGUGAUGUAGAGAGAAACUCCAAUAUUUCUUUCCAGCAACAGGUUUUAUUGUAUGUUUCCAGUCCAAUACAUUUGUUAUUACAUUUUGACAUGUUAUAUAUCUGUUUUUCAACAGGUUCAGUCAAAGUCGUCAGUGUUUAUUGUAAAAAUCAGUCAUCCGUGAUAUCUGGUUUAAAUAAUCUUUAAUAUCGACCCAUCAGUCAUGUAUAAUGUAUAAUGGUGUGUAAUUAAUCGCAUGAAUACAGAUUGAUGUAUUGUGUCUUUGGGUUUUAGAGGUUUAGUAAAAACAUUUGUAAAAGUUCUUGAAGCUGGAGUUUAGUUCAGUUUGAUUUCAAACCAACACAAAAGGUCAAAUAUAUACUGCAGUUAAUUCUCUUAUUACACAACAUGCAGACCUCCGUUAUUUGGUAACAGGUCAGACCGGACAACCUUUUCUUACGGCACAAGAUCAGUCAGUGCUUGAAUGCGUCAACGUGAUUUUUAUUAAACAUUUCUUCUCAUCGUAUCUUCUGAAACCACAGCAAAGAAAAUAAGAUCUUAUAACAUGAAAGACAAAAGCAGAAACAGAACAGUUUGUAUUUUGAAAA